AUGACAGAGUCGGUCCAAUUUAAAACUGCGCGCGAAUUAUAUAGUUUUGAAUACACAAAAUCAUUACCGUUGACAACAGGAAGCCCCCCGUUGGACGAUCUGAUCGGUGGUGGCUUCUUCCCUGGAUGCGUAACUGAAAUCUCUGGUGAAGCAGGAUGUGGUAAGUCACAAAUUUGUAUGCAGUUCGCUGCUGUGACAAUUGCUAGUGGACGGAAUGUUAUGUGCAUAGAAACGGAACGGGGAUUUUCGGUCAAAAGAGUUCGAGAGGUUAGUUUUUCGAUUGUGUGCAGAAGAUUGAGUGAAUUGAGUUUUUUUGGAAUGGCUUCACGUUUUUGUUUGUAAUC